AUGGACUUUGCCUUGAGCAAUCACCAGGCCUGUGGGGGUGGCACCUUUGGACUUGUGGGAAGGACUGACCCUUCUUGGGCUGGGUCAGACAGAAGAUGUCACUUUGCCUCCUCAUUCACUGCUCCAAGGGUCAUUGUCUUCCCAUCCUACUGCUUGAACUCUGGGAGACCUUCCAGGGCAGCAGAGAUUCCAAAGGCUGGUCUUUGUUUUUCCCAAGUCAGUGCCAGCCUCCUGGUGGAUGAUGCCCUCCUGCAGGAGUGUAAUAGCACAGACAUCCUCUUGGCGGUGAAGGAGUCGCCCUCGACGGAUGGCCGGUACCUGCGUCUGGGCAGCUGUGGCCCUUCCCGAGGCAUCACCGUGCCUGGCUAUGUUGUCUUUGCUGGCCCCCUGAAAGCCUGUGGUUUCUCCCAGCUGACUGCUGGGGCAAUGGUAGAGUUCUUUGCUGACCUGGUUUACAGCCCCCCACCCCAACUCUCAGCACAGCCCUACCUUGGAGCCUUCAGUCAUCAAGUGAAUUGUACCUACGCUGGGCUAGAGGCCCCAGCUCCUUCCCAGGUCUCUUCUGUGACUGGAUCCUUGUCUGGCAUAGGGCACCUGGACUUCUCAGUGAGGCUCUGGCCUGGAGACUUGGGCACACCCACUGCCAAGGUCACUGCUAACUCCACCACUGUCUCCCUGGGCUCUGGGCUCCAGGUAGAGUUCUCAGUAGCCAGUGACUCCCAGCAGCCCCUGCAGCUAUAUGUGGAUACCUGUGUGGCCUACCCUGGACCAGCUCUGAGCCAGCCCAGCCUGCAUUACAACAUUAUUGACAACCAUGGGUGUUUUGUGGAUGGCUGGGAAGCUAGCUCCCGAUUCCUGCCCCGAUCUGCCCCAGAAACUCUGCUGCUCUCCUUGCAGGCUUUCCAAUUCACUGAACUAGACUCUGAUGUCUACCUUCAUUGCCACUUGCUAGUGUGGGACCCCAAAGUCCCCUCUGACAACAUGAAGAAAGCCUGUUCCUUCCACAGAGAAACAAAUGAGUGGGUACUUCUGGAUGAUCCCUUGAUGAGCAGUGUAUGCCAUUGCUGUGAGAGCCGCUGCCUGCCCAACCAGCACCUACAUAGGAGGGAUCUGGCAGGGUCUGGGGAGCCACCUGAAGUUUCUGGUGUACAAGUCAAUCCCUUGGUUAUAAAGGAAGACUCCUCCCCAGUCUCAGCUCCUCUUCUGCCCCUCAAAGACAAGCAUAACAAAGGAGGUCCCCUGGACCUCCUGCCCCUGAUCCUGGGCUCUCUGCUUCUGGAGGUAAUGCUGCUCACCAUCCUGGCCACAGCCUUCUGCGUCCACACCAGCAUUCAGCCGGGGUCUCAGACCUGGGCCCGCUCUGUCUCCCCCACAGGGAGCUCUGUAUCCUCUAUCCCCCAGAAUGCCUAA